AUGCGCUUGAGCUUGUUUCUCCUGCUCGUGACUCUCACCUGCAUCGCUUGCGACAGUAUCGUCGCAAGCUCAAAAGACUUGAUCCAAGUCAAGACCGUGGAUACGAAUUCUCAACACGAGCGGACGGAUGAAAUCCAUCGCAAGCUAAGGAAAGGGGGAGUGGGCGAAGUCGUGGGGGGGGCACAGGGAGGCCGAUUAAAAGCUCACAGAGACGUUAGGAAACAUCAAAGGCGGGGCCGAAACUCUCGUGCCCAAUGCCGAUGUUAUGGCCAAGAAAAUAGGCGUUUUGGAGAAGAUGAAAGGCUACUCUUCGUCUGCUAUGAAGCAGUUUAUAGCUCUCCUAAAGAAGAUCUACGGUAG